ACUGUCCGCCUGCCGCCCGCCGUGGCGUGAAGGAGUUCCUGUGUGCCCACGGUCGCCACUACCCUGCCUGGCCCACCGCGGCCUCCCCUCGGACCCCCGGUGCCCACUGUCCACCCUCAUCCAGCGUGCAGCUCGCCUUCCGCUCUGCGGACGCCGCGGGCAUGGACUAUUCGUACGACGAGGACCUGGACGAGCUGUGCCCCGUGUGUGGGGACAAGGUGUCCGGCUACCACUACGGGCUGCUCACAUGCGAGAGCUGCAAGGGCUUCUUCAAGCGCACGGUGCAGAACAACAAGCACUACACGUGCACCGAGAGCCAGAGCUGCAAGAUCGACAAGACGCAGCGCAAGCGCUGUCCCUUCUGCCGCUUCCAGAAGUGCCUGACGGUGGGGAUGCGCCUGGAAGCCGUGCGUGCUGACCGCAUGCGGGGUGGCCGGAACAAGUUUGGGCCCAUGUACAAGCGGGACCGGGCCCUGAAGCAGCAAAAGAAGGCACAGAUUCGAGCCAAUGGCUUCAAGCUGGAGACAGGCCCCCCAAUGGGGGUACCCCCUCCGCCCCCUCCCCCACCGGACUACAUGCUACCCCCCGGCCUGCAUGUGCCUGAGCCCAAGGGCCUGGCCUCUGGUCCACCUGCUGGGCCACUGGGCGACUUUGGGGCCCCAGCCCUGCCCAUGGCCGUGCCCAGCACCAACGGGCCGCUGGCUGGCUACCUCUAUCCUGCCUUCCCUGGCCGUGCCAUCAAGUCUGAGUACCCGGAGCCCUACGCCAGCCCUCCGCAGCCUGGGCCACCCUAUGGCUACCCAGAGCCCUUCUCCGGGGGGCCUGGCGUGCCCGAGCUCAUCCUGCAGCUGUUGCAGCUGGAGCCGGACGAGGACCAGGUUCGGGCGCGCAUCAUCGGCUGCCUGCAGGAACCAGCCAAAGGCCGCCCCGACCAGCCUGCGUCCUUCAACCUCCUGUGCAGGAUGGCCGACCAGACCUUCAUCUCCAUCGUGGACUGGGCACGCAGGUGCAUGGUCUUCAAGGAGUUGGAGGUGGCCGACCAGAUGACCCUGCUGCAGAACUGCUGGAGCGAGCUGCUGGUGUUCGACCAUAUCUACCGCCAGGUCCAGCACGGCAAGGAGGGCAGCAUCCUGCUGGUCACCGGGCAGGAGGUGGAGCUGACCACGGUGGCGGCCCAGGCCGGCUCACUGCUGCAUGGGCUGGUGCUGCGGGCCCAGGAGCUGGUGCUGCAGAUGCACGCGCUGCAGCUGGACCGCCAGGAGUUUGUCUGCCUCAAGUUCCUCAUCCUCUUCAGCCUCGAUGUGAAGUUCUUGAAUAACCACAGCCUGGUGAAGGAUGCUCAGGAGAAGGCCAAUACCGCCCUGCUCGAUUACACCCUGUGCCACUACCCGCACUGCGGGGACAAGUUCCAGCAGCUGCUGCUGUGCCUGGUGGAGGUGCGGGCACUGAGCAUGCAGGCCAAGGAAUACCUGUACCACAAGCACCUGGGCAACGAGAUGCCCCGCAACAACCUGCUCAUCGAGAUGCUGCAAGCCAAGCAGACUUGAGCCUGGGCUGGGUGGGGUCGGGCCGGGGCCGGGGGAGGGCUCACAGCCACCCCUGCUGCCCUCCAGAUGGUUGAUUCUAUCGUGCCCACCCAGGAGCCCCACCCUGUAGGCCCCUGCCCCUGAGCUCUCUGAAGCCCUGUGUUUGGGAAGGUGGGUGAAGGUGGGCAGGGCCUGGCUGAGGUGGGGUGGUCCCUAUUAGCCACUGGCACUAGCCAGCCACUCAGAGUGCCCCAAGGAGGCAGCUGCUACCCACUCCCUCCCCCUGCCCCUACUCCCAGCUGUCUGUCCUGGAGUCUGGAGCACAGGUCCAGGGGGCAGGUUGGGGAUUCCCUCGUGGGCCUCCAUGUCCCUUGGGUCAGAGGUCAUCUCUUCCCCCUCUCCUGGAAACAGAGGCAGAGAGAGGUUGAGCGGGUCAGCUGGGAGAGAAGAGAGGGUCCCCAGCCCUCCGUCACAGCGCCCAGGAGGGAAGCCCUCUGUUUUGUAAACUAGGAAUAAACUGAGUUUGCAAAACUGG